CUUGUAUAAAGACGUACUGAAGAGUAAGAGUAAUAUAGUAUACUGAUAUACUCUUUUUGUGGGAAAGGAGGAAACAGUAGAGAUAAAAAAAAUGGAACCUAAAGACGAAGAUAUAAUAACACUUGGGAAAUCAAUUCUAGUUCCUAGUGUUCAAGAAUUAGCCAAAGAAAAUUUGGAGACAGUCCCACCAAGCUAUAUACAGCUUAAUAUUGAAGAUCCUCCAACUGUAGGAGUUGAUGAUAAUUUUGGUAAUUCUUAUCAUAAUGAAUUGCCAAUCAUCAACAUGGAAACCUUGCUCUCUGGAGAUGAUAUAGAGUUGGAGAAAUUGCAUUCAGCAUGCCAAGAGUGGGGUUUUUUCCAGCUUAUAGACCAUGGUGUCAACACAUCCUUGGUAGAGAAAUUAAAGUUGGAGACUGAAGAAUUUUUUGAUCUCCCACUGGAAGAAAAAAAGAAAUACGCACAGACAUCAAAUGAAAUGGAGGGAUAUGGGCAAGCCUUUGUUGUAUCCGAGGACCAAAAGCGUGAUUGGGCCGACGUAUUCCUCUUUACUACUCUUCCUAAAUGUCGACGCAGACCUAACUUACUUCCCAUGCUGCCGCUCCCUUACAGGGAUACAUUGGAAAGUUACUCAGCUGAAUUGCAAAACCUUGCAAUCAAACUUCUUGAUUGCAUGUCAAGAGCUCUGAAGAUCGACACAAAAGUAUUGAGAAGGGUGUUUGGAGAUGAAGGACUUCAAUCUUUCAGGAUGAACUAUUAUCCACCAUGUAAACAACCUGAUAAGGUAAUGGGAUUAACGGCUCAUUCGGAUGCUGUUUCCCUCACUAUCCUCCUCCAAUACAAUGAUGUUAUUGGCCUACAAAUAAAGAAAGAUGGCAAGUGGGUUUCUGUUAAGCCCCUUCUUAAAGCUUUCGUGGUUAACAUAGGGGAUAUCUUGGAGAUUGCGACAAAUGGAAUAUAUCGAAGCAUUUUGCAUCGGUCGGUUGUGAAUUCAACAAAAGAAAGGAUAUCAAUUGCCACAUUUCAUAUGCCUGCACUUGAUGCGGAGAUAGGCCCGAUAUCCGAGCUAAUAAAGCCAGGUACUCCGGCACAAUUUAGACAGAUAAGCGUGGCGGAUUAUUUUAAGGGAUACUUUUCUCGUGCCCUCGACGAAAAAUCCUACCUUGAUGUUAUGAGGAUCAAUGAAAAGCAUACUUAAUUGGGUUUCAUAUUACAGUGAUCAACUUACUCUGAAAUAGUUAUAUCUUUGUUUCACAUGAAAGUAAAAUAAAUUUCUAGGAGUUGAAAUGUAAUUGAGUGGGAUUUGGGAAUCAUGUAACUUGAAUUUCACGAGCUCGUCAUAUGUGUAGUUUGUAUUUUCCCCACCUUCAUGUUAAUAAAAAAUACAUAGUUUUUGGCAAUACCCCGUGUAAUCUCAAUAUCAUAGUUGAGGAUAAUUGAUGUCUUUAAUUAUUCUAAUUAUAUAUGUCUUUUGUUUUGAUAUGAGGUC